AUGGAAAAGGUAGAACCAGAGGCAAAGAAUAGGAGAGGAAAAGUUUUGGAGAGAAAGAGUGUGAGAGUUGCAGUGAGAAAGGGAGGCGCGAGGGUUCAUGUUGCAAAGAUGACGUGCAAGAGUUCUGAAAAAACAAAAAUGAAAGAUUCAUGCAUCUGA